GACGCGUGUGACGCGUGUGGUGCGUGUGAUGCGUGUGAUGCGUGUGAUGCGUGUGAUGUGUGUGAUGUGUGUGAUGUGUGUGAUGUGUGAUGUUUGCUGCCCCUUUGGUGUCCCGCUGUGCCCGGGGCGGUGCCGCUGCCCUUCCCUAAGGCGCCUCUCCCCUCUCCCCUCGCCCUGCCCAGACUCCCCCGCCAUGGAGAAGUUCGGGAUGAACUUCGGGGGCGGCCCCAGCAGGAAGGAGCUGCUGGAGACCAUCGAGACGCAGAAGCAGCAGCUCCUGCGCUUCCAGGCGCGCCUCAAGGACGUGGUGCACGCCUACAAGAGCCUGCUGAAGGAGAAGGAGGCGCUGGAAGCCGGCCUGAAGGCGCUCUCCGCGCCCCACGAGGGGGCCCCGCCCGCGCCCGGCGGGGACAGCGCGGACGAGCGGGGCUCGGAGCACAGCGAGGACAGCGCGGGGACGGCGGGCAGCGCCGCCGGCGCCCGGGGGGACGAGGAGGACGCGCCCGUGGCUGCACAGGGGGCAGAGGAGGCGGGCGGCGCCGAGGAGGAGCCGGAGCGGCGGCUGCAGCAGCUGCGGGCGCAGCUGGCCACGCUGACGGGCGCGCUGGCCACGGUGGCGCGGGAGAAGGCGCGCAUGGAGGCCUCGUACCAGGCGGAGCGGCGGCAGAUGCGGCGGGAGCUGGAGGAGGCGGCGCUGCGGCGGGACGCGGAGCUGCGGCGGCUGCAGGGGCAGCUGGGCGAGACCCGCGCCCGCCUGGGCGCGCAGCAGCAGGAGCGCGAGCGCGAGCAGGGCGACCACGGGCUGAUGCUGCGCGAGCUGCAGGAGCUGCUGCGCGCCGAGCGCGAGGCGCGGCGCCGCGCCGACGACGAGCUGAGCCGCGCCCGAGAGGAGCUGGCCGGGGCGCAGGGCCACGAGCGGCACGCGCGGCAGCUGGGCCAGGAGCUGCAGGAGCUGCGGCGGGAGCUGCAGGCCCUGAGGGACGAGAGCGGCAGGCCGGACCCGCGCAUCCAGGAGCUGCAGGAGGAGAUGGCCGGCCUCAAGAACCACUUCCAGCUGCAGCUGGUGCAGGAGAUGAAGAAGACAGCCCAGGCCGAGGAGCAGCUGCGGCAGCGCGCGCAGCGGGAGGAGCAGCGCGUGGCCGAGCUGGAGGCGCAGGUGGCGCAGGCGGCCGAGCUGCUGGGCACCUACGAGAAGGGCAAGCAGAGGGACCAGGGCACCAUCCAGCGGCUCAAGGAGCGCCUGGUGCAGCUGGACCUGGAGAAUAAGACCCUGGCCACGGCUGCCUGCGGCCGCUCCCCGGGCGAGGCGGCCGUGGAGGAGGCCACGCUGGACGUGGCCGCGCUCAAGGAGAAGAUGGAGAAGCUGCGGAAGCUGCUGCAGGCGGCGGCCGGGAGGGGCCCGGAGGCGGAGGAGCCGCGGGAGCCGGAGCCGCCCCCGGGCGCCGGGGACGGGGACAAGGACAAGGCCCCGGGCGGGCAGUGCCAGCAGGAGCUGAGGCAGCUCCAGGAGGAGUUCGAGCGCUACAAGGUGAGGGCGCAGCAGGUGCUCAAGAGCAAGGCCUCCAGGGACGUGGGGCUGGCCAAGGAGCUGGAGGAGGCGCGGGAGCAGCUGGCGGAGCUGCGGGACAAGCACGUGCAGCUGCAGCUGGCGGCGGACGACGCGGAGGAGCGGCACCGGCGGGAGCUGCAGGCGCAGAGGCAGGAGCUGCAGCAGCUGCAGCAGCUGCACCGGCAGGAGCUGGAGCGGUGCCAGCUGGAGUUCCGGGAGCGGGCGCUGCGCCUGGAGGAGGAGAUGCACAAGCAGCGGGACCGCGCGCUGGCCGUGCUGGCCGAGAAGGACCGCGAGCUGGAGCGGCUCCGCGCCCCCGCGCCCCCGCAGGGCCCCCGCGACGGCGCCCCCGGGGACCCCCCCGGGCAGGACUCAGCAGAGAUCCUGCCGCAGGCGCUGCAGCUGAGCUCGGGCUCCGAGCCCACCUUCUUCCUGUACGCCGAGCAGCUGGCGCGCAAGGAGGUGGAGAUCGCGGCGCUGCGCAAGCAGCGGCACCGCCUGGAGCUGCAGCUGCACCAGCUGCAGGGCCGGGCGCUGGCCGAGGAGGAGCGGCACCGCGAGGAGGUGGCGGCGCUGCGGGAGGAGGUGCAGAAGAGCAGCCGGGACAGGAGCAGGGAGGGCGCCAACCUGGAGUACCUGAAGAACGUGGUGUACCGGUUCCUGACGCUGCCCGACGCGCGCGGCCGCCAGCAGACGCUCACCGCCAUCCUGGCCGUGCUGCACUUCAGCCCCGAGGAGAAGCUCAGCAUCGCCAAGAGCUCGGCCCACGGCUCGUGGUGGCUGCACGGCAAGAGAUGAGGGCCGGGCUUUGGCCCUUUUCCCUGAGCACUGACCAGAACCUCUCUCCGGGGCUUGGGCCCCGCUCGGUGUUUCCAGCACUGAUUUGCAGUGGAUGGUGCCAGCUUUUCCAGCCCCAAAGCCUCUGCGGAGGGAAUUUGCUCCGAGUUGGGACUUGAUCUCCAAACCGUGGAGUUGAAGAUGCCGAGGGUUUUAAAGGUGAUUUAGAAACAAUGCCUGCCUGUCAGGUGUGGGAUCAAGUGGAAUUCACGUGGGUCUUGGGGCUCCAGCCAGGCUGGUGACUCAGGAGAUGAAAGGGAGGGUGGGAAGCACUUUAGGUGGAGCUAAAAUAGCAGCAGGCCGUGGAAGGCUCAGGAAGAUGGGGCUCAGUGCAGGAAAUCCUGGGUGUUUCCCCCUAAGGGAUUCCAGAGCCAGGUUUAACCAGUGGGUGCAGCUCCAGGCUCAGCCAGGGCCUCAGGCUCUCCUUCCUUCCCAGGGAUCCUCUCUGGGUUAUCAGGGACUCCAGGAAGGAGAAAGGAUCUCCCUGUGGAUGAUUCCCAUCCCGAGGCACUCGGAGUGGGAACCUGAGCUGCCUGACCCUGCCUGGGAGCUGGAAGCAGAGGAAAGGCUGAAAUGAGUGCCCUGCUCCUGGUUUUUGAGCGUUCCAGGGAAGUUUGACUGCUCUGUGGUACUGAUUUGGGAAGGAAGGGCUGCUCUUGCUGGAGUGGGAGCAGCAGCAAGGGCCAGGAGGUGACAGCUGUGGGCAGUGACCCUGGUGACAGUGACAGCCUGGCCAGGGCUCGGGAACCUUGAUUUCCUGGGAAUUGGUGAAAGAAGGAAGCCAGGACAUGCUGAAGUGCCCUGGGAUGUUCUGCUGGCAGAGCUGCAUCCCUGGAUUUGGCUCUUCCCAGCUCUGCUCCCCUGGAUCCUCCAGAGCCUCCCCCUCUGCACAGGCAAAGCCUCUCCGGGCAUUUUUCUCCUGCCCCGUGUUUGGAAUUAAAUCCUGGCUGCUAAAGCUUGGCUUUCCCAGUCCAGAGACAGGGCUAGGUCUGGAUUAACACCCCAGAGGGUCCUGGAGCCGGUUUGGGAGCAGCUCCUGGUGCUGCAGGAGAGCCUUGGGAAGGAUCCCGGGACAGGGAGCCCGGGAGGCAGCAGCUGGCACUGCCAGGGACAAGGACAGGGACCCUGGGAUGAGCAUCCCUCCUGCCACUGCCAGCCUGGCACUGCCAGGGACAAGGACAGGGACCCUGGAAUGCUGCAGCCAGCCUGGCACUGCCAGGGACAAGGACAGGGACUGCAAGUUCCCUGCUUUCCUCCUUGGCUGUCCCGGUCCUCUCAGCAGCCAAAUUCCCGGGAUUCCAGUCUGGCCAGUGCAGCCCUAGGUGCCAAUUUCUCCUCCAAAAAAUCCUCAGGGAAAUCUCCCCGGGCAGAGGCUGUCCCUGCUGGGAGGGGGACAGGGCUGAGCCCCUCCUGGGCUCUGUGCAGGGAUGUUCCAGGUACUGCCCGGAUGGGGCACUGGAUGGGAUGGGAGGGUUUGUCCUGGGAAUGUUUGAAACGCUCCUGAAGGAGGAAAGGGCUGGGAGAGCCCAGUCCCUGCCCCCAGUGUGAAAUCGAGGGGUGCCUCAGGAAAGGCAGGGAGGCUCCAGCGCUUUCCCUGGAGCCAUUCCCACAGCUCCAGGGGGAGGUGGAGCCUCCUCCUGCCCAGGCUGAGGGAUGGAUCCCUGUUCUCCUCUGCUCCCGCAGGAUGGGGGGACCUGGAGUGUGUCCCAGGGGAGGUGGGGACCCGUGUGGGGCCAGCGGGGUGGAGGAGUGGGGUGGGACACAGCUGGGAGCAGGGGACACAGCUGGGAGCAGGGGACACAGCUGGGAGCAGGGGACAGCGUGGGGACACAGCUGGGACAGGAGGGAUGAGGCAGGAUCCGGCUGGGACAGGGACAAGGCAGGAUCCGGCUGGGACAGGGACAAGGCAGGAUCCGGCUGGGACAGGGACAAGGCAGGAUCUGGCUGGGAGGGCACAGAUCCGUCCCGGUGCCCUCUGUCUGUCCCUGGCAGAGGAAGAUGAGGAAGCUGCUGCAGGGGAGCUUUUCCAGGAGUGCCCAACUGUGUCACUGUCACCCUCCUGCAGCUCCCGGUGCCAUUCCUUCCUCUGCUCCAGCCCCUCUCCCUCCUGCUGCCUCCCUCCCUCAGUCCCUCCCCCACAUCCCUCCCUCUUCCCCCUCUCCCUUCAGUCCAUAUCCCUGAAAUAAAGGUAAAAUUCCUGUUU